CCUGUCUCGGCCCUUCUGAAGUCUUUGUUUUUUUGUCCCAAGCUAUUCGAAUGAACUGGUGCUGAAUUAUCAAAAGGGCGUUAAUAAUCCUAAAAUUAAGAAAAGAAAAAUCAGGCGAAGGCACCUUUUCCAUGGAAAUGAUCCAGAGCCACAAAACCCGAUAUCCUCUGCCUUCCGUUUUGUUUCUGCUUCACAUGUUAUCACUUCACCUUCCCUCCUUAGCUUACACUGUUCCAGACAAGUAUUUCAUCAGUUGUGGUUCAGACACCAAUAGUACGGCUUCUGGCCGGACCUUCAUCGGGGACUUGACUUCUGGGAAUUCUGGUUCCUUCACCUUUACAAGGCAGAGUAGUCCUGUUAAAGAUAGCAACAAGUCAACAGCCACACCACCUCUCUAUCAAACAGCAAGGAUUUUCAGAGAACGGUCUUCUUAUGAGUUUGUGAUCAGCAGUGCCGGUACUUAUUUGGUACGACUCCAUUUCUUUUCUUUCUCUUAUUCAGCUAACCUCUCCACAGCCCUUUUCAAUGUUUUGGCUUCUGAAAUUUCACUUGUUGGUAACUUUAGUGUACCGCUUAGGAGCAACUCUCCCCUAAUAAAGGAAUUCUUUAUUAACAUCACUGUUGGCAAAUUUCCGAUAUAUUUUAUACCCCAAGGAUCAUCUUUCGCAUUUGUCAAUGCCAUAGAACUGUUCCUUGCCCCUGAGAAUUUCAUUCCUAGUUCCGCUCUACUCGUAAGCCCUGCUGGAAGUGAGGGCAAAAACGAGGACAUACUCUCUAUGGUUUUACUGACAAUCCACAGAAUAAAUGUUGGAGGCCCCACACUCUCACCUGAAAAUGACACUCUAUGGAGAUAUUGGGUCCCAGAUGAUAGUUUUCUCUAUAGUCCAGACACUGCCAAGAACAUCAGCUCUCUUUCAAGCAAGCCUAAUUCCCAAGGAGGAGUUAGCAAAUACAUUGCCCCUGAUUUGGUCUAUCAGACUGCCAAGGAGAUGAAUAUAAAUAACAGUAGGUCUUCAAAUAACUUCAACAUAACCUGGUCUUUUAAUGUGAGCAAGAAUGCUAUGCACUUUGUUCGCGUUCACUUCUGCGAUUUUUUAAGUGCAUCACCUGGUGCUUUGUUGCGUUUCAAUCUCUAUAUCUAUAGCAACUUCAGUCUUCCAAUCUCUCCAUAUGAAACAACUGGCCAGUUGGCCGCUCCUUUCCAUGUUGACUAUGUUGUAGAUUCUGAUGAUUCUGGAAUUAUGAGGAUCAGUAUCGGCCCCCGUCAAGAUUCUGGAAAUCAUACUGCCUUUUUAAAUGGGCUAGAAAUCAUGGAGAUAAUGGGGGAACUCGGAAAGGUAGCAAGGACAAGUGAUCCCAAGAACAAGAACACUAGUGUCUUUGUUGUUGGUGGCUCAGUUCUUGGAGGUUUGGUUCUCAUCUGCAUUUUGGCAGUUGUUUUAUGCUUGGGUCGAAGAUGCAGGAAACCAAAAGUAAUGGAGACUUUGGAUUGGUCACCUGUGCCGGUACAUAGAGGAGGGAGCACUGACAGUAGGCUGCGGGUACCUGAAGGUGCCAUGUUUGGCUCCUUGACGCCUAAUUUAAACCUUGGAUUGAGGAUCUCUUUUGCUGAAAUACAGUUCGCAACGAACAACUUUGAUAUCAAAAAGAAAAUUGGCAAGGGUGGAUUUGGGACUGUCUUCCGAGGAACUCUGAGUAAUGGCACUGAAGUUGCUGUGAAACGAAGUGAGCCAGGGUCACACCAGGGCCUUCCAGAAUUUCAAACAGAGAUAAUCGUUUUAUCUAAGAUUCGCCAUCGCCAUCUUGUUUCUUUGAUUGGGUAUUGUGAUGAAAAUUCCGAAAUGAUACUGGUUUAUGAAUUCAUGGAGAAAGGGACAUUGAGGGAUCACCUGUAUGAUUCAGCUUUGCCUUCCUUGCCUUGGAAGCAAAGACUUGAAAUUUGCAUUGGUGCUGCAAAUGGUCUUCACUAUCUCCAUAGAGGAUCCUCUGGGGGAUUUAUUCAUCGCGAUGUCAAAUCCACUAACGUCUUGCUUGAUGAGAACUACGUGGCCAAAGUUGCUGACUUUGGGCUUUCAAGGUUAUCAGGUCCUCCCGAUCAAACUCAUGUCAGCACAGUUGUUAAAGGCACCUUCGGUUAUCUUGAUCCUGAUUACUUUAAGACCCAACAAUUAACAGAAAAAUCUGAUGUCUACUCAUUUGGCGUGGUUCUUCUUGAGGUUCUAUGUGCAAGACCUGCUAUCAAUACCUUGCUUCCACUAGAGCAAGUAAAUCUAGCUGAGUGGGCAAUGUUCUGCAAGAAAAAAGGAAUGCUGGAACAGAUUGUGGAUGCUUCAAUAAGAAGCGAGAUCAACCUCAAUUGUCUAAGGAAAUUUGUUGACACAGCAGAGCGAUGCUUGGAAGAAUAUGGUGUAGAUAGGCCUAAUAUGGGAGAUGUGGUGUGGGAUUUGGAGUACGCAUUGCAACUACAACAAACUGCUAUGCCAAGGGAGCUACAUGAGGACAGCACAACCGAUGCUUCAGCCAUGCUAGCACUGCCUAAUAUUCAACAUCUUCCUUCUCUUAGCAUGUCAAUGGAGAGGGAUGAUAUGCCCAUGUUGAGAGAGGAUCUAUCAAACUCACCGGCAAUUGAAGUUUUCUCCCAAUUAAGAAUUGAUGAUGCCAGAUGAAUGCUUUAGGUAUACAGAGACAAGUGUAGCAAAGUUCGAAGUUCAUGCUAUUUAGCCUUGCACAGACUGAACUGUCUUCUUUCAUAUGCCCCUCUUUGCAUACUUCCUUUCGAAUUUUGUUUUGCGUCGGAUUAAUAUUGCUAAUCAAACUGCAAGGCAUGUUUAUAAUAGCAGAAUUUUGCAAUAAACAAAAAGCAAUUUGAACUUUGGAGUAA